UGCGACUUGUUCAUAUGGCUCAUGGCUCAAGGCUCAAGGCUUAUUAACCUCGUAUUGGAGGGUGCGGGUACAUACAGACCAUCUCUCCCUCUCAGCUGGUCAGCGCGCGCAUGCACCACGCACGCAUGGCGGCAGGCAGGCAGGGCCAAAUAACUAGAUAUUGCAAACACUGCGGUCCCACGAGAUGAAACCGCGCGGGCACACGUGAUCUUCAGGAGUGGUGGCGGUGAAGAGAGUGCGACGUUGUGCGGAUGUUCUGGAAAGAAGGACCAUGGCGGCGGGCCAUCACGUGCGGAGCUGGACGGUGGUUGCGCGCCGGCUGUGCCUCGAGGGUGCAGGAGCGCACCCCUGCUCGUGCAACACUUACAACACAUCGCCGCAGCUUCACGACAUUGUCCUAGAUGCACAGCCGAGUCCGGACGGUAGCUGCAUCGUGCCCGCGCUUCGCCCUCAACUUCUCCUUUGCCCAAAGCUGCUCGAGGCCUGCCACGUAGCGGCCGUCGCCGGGUGCCUGCACCGCUGUAACUCGACUCCCAUCUCUUCGUCAAACACCUCUUCCCUCGACCCAGCUCCCGCGCCGCGUGGAAUCGUUCCCGAUGGUACGCACGUCCGUUCAGUGCGCAUCUCUUGGUGCGGGUGGCGGCUAGUGCUCAGCUCGAGGUGCCCUCCUCGCCGCUUGCCCACACCCACGGCUGAGGUAGUCUUUUGGGGGCGCAUGCACUGCCGAUUAUUUAUAUCGUUUCUUUGUCUGCACUUGCACCGUUGCCUGCCCUCAUCCUUUCCAGCUCUCCGUCAUCCGGCCCCCCCUUUUUUUUCAGCACCGGACUGUUACACAGAGCAUUGUCUCGGCAUUUGCGGAACAUCGUCGAACAACGGACGGGCGACGUACCGCGACCCUUACUGCAAUCCCACAGCUGCUCUUAAUUGCAUCUCAUUGACAUCGUCCAAUUGCUACGGCGUGUCAAACCUGCGGCAGCCACGGAGCGAUUCGCGCGUCAGCUUAUGGUACCCUGGACUCUCCACACUCUGCCAGGCGAAUGAGGGCUUAUCUCACGUACCACAAGACCCGGUAUUCGUGAACAAGCUCGCGAGCUCGGAGGAAAGGCGGGGUCGGACAUAUACAGGUCGAUUUCUCGUAGAGAGGCAGGAUCUGCGCUCGCUUCUACUCGAACUCUCUCUCCGGCCUUCCUCGAGAACCUUUCUCCCCCUACCCCCCGCGCGAGAGGCAUGCCUCCCGACAGCUCUUCGUUCACGGCGCUGAAUGUAUCAACGUCGGCUGUGCCGGAAUGGAUGGGAUCCUUCACGCUGUCCGCGCAGCCAAACACCGACCUCUGGCGCAAGCCUCCCAGCAGUGACACGU